AUGAAAGAGACCGUGAUUCCUACUGUGGAUGACUUCCCCGAAGGUGGUGUUGAGGCUUGGUUGGUGGUCCUCAGCUGCUGGUAUGAUAUGUUUUGCACAUUUGGCCUUGUUAAUUACAUCGGUGUCUUUGAGACAUACUACAUCAGUAAUCAAGGUCCUUUCCAUCGUUACAGCCAAGGCAACGGCAUCCCAUUUACGGGUAUUCUACUAUGUAACACCCUCUUCCCCAGCGGUCAUUUUCAUCUCAACUGGCUAACAAGCGACAUACAGUUUGGCCCCCUCUUUAACCAGUUUAGGCCUCGAUGGAUAUUUACUGCCAGUGCCUUGGCCUACAUUUUCAGUUUAAUAAUAAUCUUUCUAUCAGAUAAAUAUUACCAGAUCUUUCUUUCUCAAGGCAUCAUCGCAGCAUCUGGCGUCUCGGCAGUUUUCAACUGCUGCACUGCCUCAGUCAUUUCCUGGUUUAAGUGUCACUAUACCUUCGCAUUUGGCAUCAUGGUUUCAGGCUUCUCACUCAGUGGUGUCAUCAUAUCUAUUAUAAUAAACAAGCUUAUUCCCCGCCUGGGAUUCCCCUGGACAAUUCAUAUUGUGGCUUUUAUUAUUCUUAGUCUUCUUGCUGUCUCUGCAAGCACCUUAGUAUCAAGAGUGCCCCCGCGACCGAAGCCCUUUAGCAUUGCAAGCUACCUUGGAGGCUUCCGCGAGCCGGCUUUUGCGUUGACCUGCGUGGCAUCAUUUUUAUUCUACUGGGGUCUUUUUAUUCCAUUAAACUACAUCAUCCUUCAAGCAGAAGAAGCAGGGAUGCACCCUGAACUGGCACAGUAUCUGCUUCCAAUCAUCAAUGCCGUGAGCAUCCCCGGGCGAAUAAUACCCGGCCUCCUUGCUGAUAAAGUAGGCCGCUACAACAUAAUAAUCGCCGUAACCUUCCUAACAGCCCUAUGCACCCUCGCCUCUUGGAUCCCCAGCCAGAACAAUGAAGCAGCCCUCCUCGCAUUCGCUAUCCUGUACGGACUCUUCUCGGGAAGUUUUAUCUCCCUCGCGCCGACGCUCGUCGCGCAGAUCUCGGACAUUCGCGAGAUCGGCACGCGCCAGGGCACUUGUUUUGUCUUUCAGUUGUUUGGUGCACUCACUGGGUCUCCUAUUGCGGGGGCCAUUGUUGCGAGGCAGCGGGGUGGGCUCUUGGGGUUGCAGGUGUUUUGUGGUGUGGCAUUUUUGGCGGCGUUGCUUGGUUAUGUUCUUGUGAGGGGGAGGUUGGUUGGGAGGAUGUUCGUGGCGAGGGUCUAG